CUAUUAUCUAUUCCGGGGGUUCCCUAUUAUCUACUGAUAUAUAUCAUUAUAAUGGCGACACAGAACAAGAUUAGAUCAGAUCAAACAAAACAGAUCACAGAUCACAGAUCAGUGGCAAGUUGAUAUACAGACUAUAAUUUUCAGAUUUUACUGACUCUGUCCCAAGUGCGUGUGGCUUAGAGUACCGUUUGCUGUUAUAUGUGUAUGUUGUGGCCACCUGUACACAUGGCCAUAUGGUUCCAGUACAGUCCUUGCACAGUGGCGCCACCCCAUUGCUGGGCGGUCAAUUCACUAAUCCAAAGUCCUGUCUAUAUAUAGACCCAAGUGCAGUAGGUAACUGGGAUACGCACAGUAGUGCUCAAUUUGUCGUGUAAAAAAUUCAUCGGCAGUCAGUACGAAGUUUUCCAUAUGCAAACGGUGUUCGCGAACACACUAUAAUGGCUUUAGAAGGAAAACUGGUCCGCUGGCUUCUCCUUUUUCUGGGAGACUGGAGAGUGUUGCUGACGCUCUUCACUGCCACGGUCAUACUGUAUUUCAUGAUGAGAAAACCGUACCGGCUACCACCUGGACCAAUGCGUCUUCCCAUCAUAGGAAACCUUCAUCAAACGUAUUAUUAUUCGCCGUUGUACAAGUACUGCCAUGACCUAGUAUAUACGUAUGGACCUGUGAUUCGACUGGACCUCGGCACUGUACCUUGUGUCAUCAUUAAUCGUAUGGAUCAAGCUAUUGAAGCGCUAGUGACGAAACAGAAUGACUUUGCUGGACGUCCAAAAAACUGGACAUCUGAAGUAAUCACGGAGGGGUUUAAAGACAUCGCCAUGGCACCAUUUACCCCAGUUUGGCAACUUCAGCGCAAGCUUGCCCACAGUGCUUUUAGACACUUUGCCUCUAAGGACGUGUUGGUACAGAAAAUUCACGAAAGCUUCAAUGAUAUUUCACAGAUGUUUGAUAAAAUUCAUGAACCAUUUAACCCAAAAAGCUAUGUGUACAACUGCGUAUAUAACAUCAUCUAUGCAAUGACGUAUGGGAGAAGUUUCCACCUGGAUGAUCCCGAGUUUCUUAGGAUGGUGGCAAUAGCCAAUGAAGCAAAUGCACUCAUAAGCAGUGGUUUUGCACCAGACUUUAUUAGCGCUCUUAGAUACCUCCCGCGGACUGCUGCACAAAAACGUCUUCUGGACCUUAAUGCUGAAUACACUAGAAGGGGCCGGAAAGAGUAUCAGCGACACAAAGACACAUUCACGAGGAGUGACAUUCGAGAUCUUUGUGAUUACCUUAUUCUUGCACACCAGAAUAUGCCUACGGAAGACAGUGAUAAAAUAACGGAAACCCAUAUCGUGGAAACAUUACUCGACAUUUUCGGAGCUGGGACUGAUACAACAUCAAUGACAUUAUUGUGGUGCAUUAAGUUCAUGGUGGCAUACCCAGAGAUUCAGAAAAUAGGACAGGACGAGAUCGACAAUAUUGUUGGUCACGAACGGCUGGUUAACUUUCACGACAAGCAAAAUCUGCCAUACUGCGACGCCAUCUUGCAUGAGGUUAUGCGACUUCGACUACCUGCCAGCCUUGCUCUUCCUCACAGCACUACUGUAGAUACGACCGUUGGUGGUUAUGAUGUUCCAAAAGACACGAUGGUGAUGAUCAACCUGUACGGACUCCAUCACGAUCCAGCAUACUGGACUGAUCCUGAGAAGUUUGAUCCAACACGGUUUCUUGACGAGCAUGGUUCCAUCAGGCCCAAGAUAAAAUUUUCCUAG